AUGAUCACCCUCAACACACCAGCCUGUAUGAUCACCCUCAACACACCAGCCUGUAAGAUCACCCUCAACACCCCAGCCUGUAUGAUCACCCACAACCCACAUGCCUGUAUGAUCACCCUCAACACACCAGCCUGUAUGAUCACCCUCAACCCACCAGCCUGUAUGAUCACCCUCAACCCACCAGCCUGUAUGAUCACCCUCAACCCACCAGCCUGUAUGAUCACCCUCAACCCACCUGCCUGUAUGAUCACCCACAACCCACCAGCCUGUAUGAUCACCCUCAACCCACCUGCCUGUAUGAUCACCCUCAACCCACCAGCCUGUAUGAUCACCCUCAACCCACCUGCCUGUAUGAUCACCCUCAACCCACCUGCCUGUAUGAUCACCCUCAACCCACCAGCCUGUAUGAUCACCCUCAACCCACCUGCCUGUAUGAUCACCCUCAACCCACCAGCCUGUAUGAUCACCCUCAACCCACCAACCUGUAAGAUCACCCUCAACCCACCAGCUUGUAUGAUCACCCUCAACCACUAG